AUGGCUCCACGAGCUAAAGCUGUCGGACUAGCCGAUCCGCAUGUCGACAUAUGCUUCGAUCGUGGCAACUGUUACUACGACACCGACCAUCCAUUCAAGAGACGAAACACCGAUAUCAAACCACACGACGAUGGGCUGGAGAUAUUCCGCACCGUUCGCCGCGAGCUUGAAGCAAGGAUCAUCAAAAAGGGAAGCAACUAUUUCAUACCUCGGGGUUGCCUACAUGACAUAUUCACGCCUGGACGUCUCCUUGCGGUGGUUCAACAGUUAUGGAAGAAUAUGUCAGGGCAUGAUCAACAGAGCUUUUGUCAGAAGGUUCUCUAUGACGUCCGUUGCUGGAAAGUGUUCCUUCUGUUCAUCCUUACAAAGCAUCACAAACUAUUACCCCAACUCUGGAAGGAGGAAAGCGACAGAAAUGAAAAGCUUCGACUGUCGGAUCGAUGUUUACCUUUGAAGUCCAUUGACAGUGAAUCUGGCGAGAUCAAGUGUCAGAACGAGAAUCAUUCCUUCCACCAAUUUCCCGGCUGGGAGGAAGAAGACCUCUCUCAUUGCCAGCUCCACUCCUUCGAACAAGCCAGUUACGCUCUCAAUGCUGUUUACUUCAAGCUUCCCACGGACGGGGAACAGAAUCAUGUCCACUACUGUCUAGGCCCGAAGGAUGUCCUGCCAUACACAAUCAUGCCAUCUCGUGCUCCGGACUCUCCUUCAUCCGAUAGGGGCUUUCUCAGUGAGCGGGCUGACUCACCUGGGCAAUCAAGCAACAAUGGCAAUCCUAGAUCUGACACGGACCAGGACGACAAUCUUCACGGGGGGUUUGGCGAGGUAAUGAGGAUUAUCAUUGAUCGAAGUCACUUUGACUUUGGUCAUCUUGGAUCUGAUAACGGCAAUAACAAAGAAGUGGCCUUCGCCCUCAAGAGGCUGCACGCGUCCGAUAAAGAGGCCUUUGACAAGGAAUUGGCCUCCCUGAUUAGUGUCAAGGCCCAGAAAGGGACUCAUCUCAUCAAGCUUCUCACCACAUUUUCUGUGAUUGAACAGGAUGGCGGAAAUGAAGUGUUUUACCUGCUUUUUCCCUGGGCGGAAGGAAACCUCUGGAAGUACUGGAAAGUGCACCAGCCCAGAAAUGAACAGGAACGCCUAGCCCUCGCUCCGUGGAUGGCCCAACAAUGCCACCAACUGGCCAUCGCUCUGCUGUGCGUUCACAAUGAGAGACAACUCACGCUGAGUUACUACGACAUCUUGGAUGAAAAAGGCGAAUUAUACGGGCGUCAUGGCGAUAUCAAAGCUGAGAAUGUUCUCUACUUUGAAGCUGACCGCACGCUCGUGCUGUCCGACUUCGGACUUGGCCGCCUUCACACCAAGUAUUCUCGGUCCAACGCCGACCCCAAAGCUCUCGAGAGGUCAGCAACAUAUCGAGCACCCGAAUUUGAUCUUCCUAGAGGCCGCAUCUCUCGAGCAUGCGAUGUUUUUUCGCUGGGAUGCACGUUUCUUGAGUUCGUUACAUGGCACGUUUUGGACUAUGACGCUGUCUAUAAUGUUUUUCCCAAUAAACGCAUGGACGACGACACUGUGUACGGAUUUGAGACGGACACCUUCUUCAAGAUUGAAGGCGACAUAGCCAUCAUCAAGCCUCAGGUGCGCGACUGGAUGGAAGAUUUGAAGAAAGACAAGGAAGACAAGAAAGCAUCUGAGUACACCAAGCAGUUCCUCGACAUCAUUGAGCAGAUGCUCAAUCCGGACCCAACAGCCAGAAUCAAGGUUUCGAAGCUCGUCAGAGAGCUCGGGAAGAUCAGCAGGGCAUGUGAGGACGAUAAAAGCUACUACGGUGGUGAGUCCCCGUCCAGAAGUUAUGUCUUCCAUUGA